AUGCCCAAGAAGAAGGCCAAGAAGCAUGCGGCGGCGAGCAGCGAAGACGGUACGCCGGAAGCGCACCCGGACGCCGAGUACGUACCGCUCGCGAUCCCCGAGGAGACGGUCGAGCUCGUGACGCUCGACAUGCGGCUGCUCAAUUGGAGCUACCUCAACUUCAAGUGGAAGGUCAAGACGUCGACGCGGCUCUUCGCCGUCAAGAACGAGAUUGAGAAGCGCCAUGGGCCCAUCACGAGCCUCAAGAUCUGCAAGGACCACUUUGCCGAGGCGAACGAGCUCACGGACGAGAUGCUGACGCUCCACGAGUAUGGCAUUGACGGCGCGCCGGCGUUCGAGAAGGAAGUCGUGUGUUUGAUCUACUACGACUUCAAGCCCACGCAGCACGACAACCCGCUCUUGCUUGCGACCGAGCAAUAUUGA